UGACCUGACACCACUCUUACUUGCGAUUCGUGAAAGGAGAGGGCAAAUCGUGCAGUUUUUAGUGAAGAAAGGCGUGAAUAUGCAUGCGGUUGAUAAGAAGAAAAGAACAGCCCUCAUGCUUGCUGUCAAGUAUGAAUCAGCAAAUGUCGUCAGACUUCUCCUUCAGCAAGGUGCUGACAUCUUUUCUAAAGAUGUUUUUGGAUGGACUGCAGAAGAAUAUGCUGUUAUUAGUGGGUUUAAGAUUGGUUGAGAGUUCUGAAGAGGACUCUUCAAGGAGGUUUCCCAACAAACCUGGCGUUGAUUUAGGGCCUACAUCAAACGACGAAGUCUUAGAUUUUAAAACCAAGGUUUCUGAUGGUUGGGAAGAAGCACAAGACCUGUUGCGCAAAAACCACACGCUGAGACUGGAGAUAGAUGCACUGAAACGUCAGCACCGGGAAAAGGAAGAGAACUAUUCUGAGGACAUGGAAAUUCUCAAAGGAAAGAAUGAUGAUCUUCAAAAGGCAAUAAAACUGAGUGAGGAAACGUUAACAAAGACUGUAUCCCACUAUACACGCCAGCUUAAUGCUCUGACAGCUGAGAAUAGAAUGCUAACCUUUAAGCUGGAGAAUGAAAAAGAAAGCAAACAAAGACUGGAAACGGAAGUGAAAUCCUACCGUUCUAGACUGGCUGCUGCCUCACGCGAUCAUGAUCAAGGUCAGACAUCACAAAGAGAUCUGGAACUUGCCUUCCAGAGAGCAAGAGACAAGUGGUUAUGCUUGCAGGGCAAAAUGAAGUCCGAUAUGGCUAAUCUAAACGAUGUGGCUGAGACAUUUUCCCAGAAACCAUCUGUAGUGGAAAGUAAACUCAAUAAGCUGAAAAUCAAGCUGCAGCACAUGAAAGAUGAUCUUAGAGAAAAGACUUUGAUGUUAGAACGUGUCCAGAGAGACCUAAGCCAGUGUCAAAAGCAGGAAAUUGAACACAUGUAUCAGAACGAACACGCCAAAGUGAAUACAUACCUUGAAAAGCAGAAAUCCUUAGAGGAGAGAUUAUCUCAGCUCCAGAGUGAAAACGUGUUGCUCCAACAGCAGCUGGACGAUGCACGAAAUGGAGCUGGCAGUAGAGAGAAGACGGUCAUGAGUGUCCAAGACCAGCUGUAGCAGAUCGCGAGAGAACUGCAGGCCGAAUAUGAGCAGUGAGGUCUGAUGGAGGAAAGAAACAAGCAGUUAAUCAAGGAGUGUAUUCGUUUAAAAGAGAGAAUGUGUCAGUACAAAAAAAAGAAAGCAGAAAGAGACAUGCAGUGGAAGUUAGACCAGGAGCAUAGCUAGAGAACUAAGAGAAGUUGAUGCCCAGUUUGCAUCUGAAGCCUUUAGAGUGUCUUCUUGAGGAUCUACAGAUGGGUCAAAUGUGUGUGAUGACCUACUUUUGUAAACAGAAAAACAAGAUAUACAGAGUUGAAAGGAAAAAUACAUGAUUUAGAAAGAUAAAUAGGAAAAUUUUCUCUACUGGACUGUUUCCAUGACAUUUCAUUGUUUCCCAUUAAACAUGAUGAGAAAAUCUUUAUUAAAGGAAAAUAUUUUU